UAAUCGCAGUGGGCCUUUAACUAUGCCUGCUUUUCUUUAGGUUUCUUAAAAGAUCCAUAAAAGGGAAACACUGACCUUUAAGUGAAGGUAUCAGACAUUUAAACUGAGCCAAAUUUCAACUUCAUUAGAGAAAUGAAUACAUUUCAUUUUUAAUGCUUCUUUUUUUGGCUUACUGGAAAAAACUGCAGUUUAGAGCAAGUUUAGGAGCAUUUCAUUGAUAAAAAUACAUCUUCUAUCUGUGUAAAACUGAGGAGUACAGGAUGGAUUUCGUUUCUCAGAAUCAACAGUAAACACGGCAAACAUGCAGGCACAGAUAAAUGAGUCUGUUUUUAGGAAAGCACCAGUGUUUCAACAUGUGAGAGGGUGAACUGCUGAACCCGUGCAAAAGGCUUCAUGGAGGAGGGAAACCAACUCCAGCUCAUCCAUUUGUUCUGUAACUGAGAGUGGAGCCAGUGCAUGUGCUACCACAGCAGCCUGCUGCACCAUGUGGGCGUUUGAUAUGUUGUGUGGGAGGAGGUAGGUGAGGGCAAUGAAGGAAUCAGAAGUCAGGUGCUCCCUCAAAGACCCACUCGGCUUCUGAACGUGAGUUUGCUUGGGUAGCAGCUCCUCAUUUGCCUCCCAUGUGUGCUGUAAGCACAGCACACACGCCUAUUUGUAUGAGUUUUUUUGUUAUUGUUCUUUUCAAAUUGUCCUCCGGAAGUCUUUGUUUGACAGACCACACACCCACCCAGCUUGCUCCCUCCCUCCACGCUCUCCUCUCUGCCUCACCACUUCCAGCCUGCAUCUCGUUUCUCAUUUGCAUUUCUUCCGCUUCCUUGUGACGAGCGAGAGGUCGUGUUCUAAAACUCAGAGCAGCUCAGGCUGGUGAGGAACAGCCUCGGCAGAGGGGGCUCUCACCACAGUUGUGUCACUGAUCUGAGAGCACUGAGACCGGUAAUAGAGUCUCUGGUUCAUCGCAACGGCAGCAGUUACCAUGGAGACUAGCAAGCCGACAUUGGCAAGUCUUCCAGUGCAUAUCAGCUCUGUCGCAACUCAGGCAGAGAAAAGGAUGGCUGUCCAGGCUCCAUUGACUGCACUGUACAUACACCCAGUGCCUGCUUUGCCGCUGCAGCCUUACCCCCAGCCUCCUGCCGCUACAAGCAGGGCAGCGGGAGCAGCUCUCCAUCUGGCUGUGCCACCACUCACCCCUAAAGACAAACUUCCCUUUUUGACUCUGCACAUUGCCAGUGGGCUGCAGCCUCAGCCUGCACAAAAUCCUGCUUCUCCUGCUGCAGCCAGACCCAAAUCGGCAGGAAAGCAUGUGUGCCCCCACUGCGGACGGGACUGCAUGAAACCCAGCGUCUUGGAGAAGCACCUCCGUUGCCACACGGGGGAGCGACCUUACCCCUGUACCACCUGUGGAGUUUCUUUUAAGACUCAGAGCAACCUGUACAAACACAAACGAACCCAGGCCCAUGCCCGGCUCUCCUCUGAGUCAGAGCACAGCAGCUUGGACAGCUCCAGAGAGACUUGCACCUCCAGUUUGUCUCUCGAUGAGCGUGAAGAAGAGUCAGCCAGCAUGGAGAAAAACAUCUCUCCCCCUGUGACUGAGAUCUCCACCCCAGCAAGUAGCGCUCAGGUUAGCUCUGUACACAUCCAAGGUGUAAGUGAACACAAAGAACAAAAUACAAAACCUGAGGAAAAGGCUAAGCAAAAGAUGCCAAGUAUAGAUCCACACCUGACCAGACAUCUUCCCCUUCAGAGACAAGAGGCCAUGCUGCUUUCUGAGCGCUGGGAGCGCUCGGUCUCGAAGGGCAAAUCCCAGAGUCAUGAGAGCACAGACUCUGGCUUCAGUGAGAGCAGCGAUCACUAUCCAAGCCCGAGGAGUAGUUUAACAGACCACAGCAUGGACUCCCUCAGCAGGUCUUUCAAGGAGAGCAUGGAGGAAACCACUAGCCAAACACUGCUGACUUCAGAAAGAGGAGAACAGGAGCCUAAAGCUACAAGAAGAGAGCAGGAGCAAAAGAUUCUAGAGGAGCGGAUUUCCAAGCUGAUCUCUGAGAACACAGCUGUUGUGGAGGACAAACAGCUAGCGCAUGUGAGGCCCAGGAAGACAGUUUUGUCCAAGCAGGGCAGCAUUGACCUCCCCAUGCCGUACACCUACAAGGACUCUUUCCACUUUGAUAUGAAGAUUAAUGCGUCUCAGAAAGCUGGGCUUUUACAAAAACACAACAGGGCCGGAUUGUAUGGUUCUGUUCCCACUCAGAGUGCCUCCUCUGUGGAUCAUGCCCGCGUAACACGCAGCAACUCCCUGCCUUUCAGCGUUACCCUCCUGCAGCCGGAGACAGGCGGUCCGUCCCCCUCCCAUCACAGUGAUUACAUAAGUCUCGCUCGCAGGGGAAGCUCUGGCCAGAUCAAUCCAACAGGUUUGGCAACAAAGCCUGUGAACCAGCACUCAUCCACCCACCGCACACUAGUCCGGCAAACAGCCGUAGACUGCAACCACGCAACAGACGCUCUCCUCACAAGUUCAGCUGUGGAGGAGGCGUGCGCCGGCGCCCUCAGCUGCGAUGGAGAUGCUGCUGAGGUAAACAGCAGAAAGUUCCGGAGGAAGAAAGCACAGAAGUUCGCAUAUAACAAGUGGUACAUGUACGGAGGAGGAACAUUUAAAAAGCUCUACAGUGCAGAGCAAUGUGGAGAUAGCAGUCCUUCAAAAAGCAGGAAGUGCUCCACAAACCCAGACAACGAAGCUCUCCACUGUUUACAGAAAAGCGCGUCUGUGUUGGCAACAGAAUCUGUGAUAAACUUCACAGACAGCAAGGGAACCUCCAUUAGGCUUCCGCUGGCUUCCUCUUUGGAUUUUAGUCAACAAACAAGUCCACUAGAUUCUCAACCCAAGAGAAACGUGUCGUGGUUACCAGGGACACCACCAAUGAAUGGAUCUUUGGUCAACCCAAACACAGGAGCUGGGAGGCAGAUGGAUGCUGGACCACAACUUGACUCCACAUCACAACUCUUUGCUCCCCAAAACCCCUCUGACAGGAAGAAGCAAAGAACAGAAGUAAAAACAGUUUUACCCAUGGAUGUGGAGGGUGACCCCAAAAGCAGCACCUCUGCCCCGGACACCAGAACAGUUCUUCUGAAAAACACCAAUCAAGAAAACCCAGAACUUUUUAGGAUGAGGGGAGCUCUCCUGGUGCCAUCUACGGGCAAUUCUCACGCACCGCUGGUGGGAACCUCAGGAGCCACACCCAUCCCGUCUGUUGUAAGAAGCAGCUUCCUGCCCAAGUACCAACUCAAGUUACCCAACGUUUCUGAUUCCAGUACCUCACAGCCAGUGGAGGAGGAAUCCAAAGCAAUGGAGGACUGCAGUCCCAAUUCUGCUCCGGCGCCAAAUAACAAAUCCUCAGUUGCAAAGAGCGACAGUAUUGUUUCAUUUCAAAGCUGUGAUGCCAGCAGAACACUCUUCUCUUUACCAGACCGGCAUGCCUGGCCUGGCACAGUUACAGCUCUCUGUCAGGCUUCAUGUCUCACAAACAGUUCACUGUGCAGCCUGCCUGCUGUGCACAGGCAGUUUGCAGCGACCACGAUAACCACGAGCUGUCUCAAGGAUUAUCAAAGAGGAUUGAGCUGCAGUUUGAGUCAUUCUUUGAAAUCUGCUGCGGUGUCUGCAGCGUCACCCUUACCUCUCACACCUGCACCUGCAAGCUUGUCUUCUACCGCAGCCACCCAUCAAACGUCAGCAGCUGUCAUCACAGCUCAUCUCAGUCCUCCACCAACUCACAGACCACCAUCUGACAGCCAUGGCAAGCUGGCAAACUUUGAAUCAAACUCUCCAGCUGCGCCCUAUCUCUUAGCACCUUCUGCCCACGCCCAGCCAGCUCCGAACAUAUUUCACAUGCACACAGCAGACCUGCAGAUCUGUCUUCAAAUCAUCUCUGACGAGCAGCUGGCUCUCAUUGAACACCAAAUUGAGCGUCCAGCAGAUGUUGGUGUGCCACAAAGGCAAAAAGCUUCCGGGCCAAACUCUGUUGAGGGUGAAGCUCGAGGCCUUGUCGCAAUAGAAAACAGAAAUGAAGAGGGGAACCACAAACCCCAUCAAAAGAGAGGAGAACGCUUGAUGACACCUCACAUGGAGACAAAAUCAUCUCAACAGUCAACCAUAUCUGUAAAAGCAGGCCUGGACCUGACGGAGCAGGAGAACACCACUCAGGGUUCAGCUUCGGCAGCAUCUCCACACAAAUACAAUGCUUUGAAGAGAAUCACAGGGAUCUUUGCUGGCUCACCAACUCCUGCUUCACCCACAAGAGGACAGUCAAGAGGCGGCCAAAGCUUAGAGGAAAAACAAGCCUUUUCUUUGACAUAUUCUGCUGAAAAGCAGCUUUUAUGGAGGGUUGGUGAAAGCCUUGCAGUCACACAAAGUCCUUCAAAACAACAUGAGAACAAAGGGAUUUCUCUUCUUAACAACUCUGUGAACCACAACAGAAUGACAGGGGUAGUUCUGGGGGAGGAAAACCAUCACAAACCUCAAAAUCCAGGAACCCCAUGUCUCCAUGAAACAAUAAAAUCCAGCAGUGAAGCUUUGGGCUUUGCAAGCAGGUUAGAAAGUGGAGAUCGCCUCAGUCAGGGUGGAAGACAGCUAAACCCUCAGAGGUCUGUCAGCAGCCAUCAGUCAUCACACACAGAUCAGAGUUCACAGAGGGAUGCAAACAUCCAUCACCUCAGACUGACAGACAGAUCCUCACCUUCACUGCAGCUCACUGCUCCAGGAUCAGAAGAGGCAGUCAAUUCUGAGCCGCAUCAUAAAAUGUUGGGUCAGUUUUCCUCUCCGCCUUCUAAAACUCACCUGCAGGGAUCCACAGAGGGUGUUUUGAGCACAGGCAUCCAGCACCCAACACCAGGGCUUGGUCAAGAACAUUCGCUGGAGGCUGGAGCAACUGAGGGAGAGCUGCAGACACGGGAACAUGCAGGAACUCCUGUGGAGCUGCAAGACACGGACCAGAGAUCAGUGGAGGGCCGGCGGGACAUGGAGGAGCAGGGUGGUCGGGGGGUGGUUGCAGAGGACCACCGCAGAGGAAUGUGGACGGGGGAGGUACCAGGGUCUGGAUGCAGACAUGUGAUUGGAGCACAGAUGCAGGCAGAUGACAAAAGGGUCCAGGGGAACUCCUUUAAAAUCCCCCAGCAUCUUCAGCAACUAUCCCAGGCAGAGUCCGGAACACAGCGUCCUCAGCAAGCUCCAGACAAACUGAGUAACCUCCACUUUCCUGCCAGUGGUGUUCACACAGAUCUUUUGAACCUGCCAUCGUUGGAAAACAGCCAUUUGUUUACACCCCAGCAGAACUGGGCAAGCAGCACCAUCCACAGCCAACAAACACGGGUCUUAUAUGAACCAGCUUCAAGUGGAAAUAUGAUAGCCAAGGUUAAUUCAUCAGAAACACAAACUGUUUUUGCAAGAACUGAACCAGACCUUCAAAAAAGUCAAAGUUUCUCACAGAAGCAGCUCUCUCUCAGCAGACUCCCCUCUCAGCAAGGAAAUACCACUGUGGGUCAUGACAACACUGCUGUGAGCUGUCAGUCACAUGUAAGUCAUACAUUAACUGCCCCAGGAGGCUUCAGCAACUGUGGCCUCUCGCCUGAAUCCUUCGUGUUUUCCUCUGCAUCGCUGAGCCAGGUUUCUCAAGUCUGCAGAGCUGCUGCUGGGCGAACAGGAGAGGUCCAGCCUGCAGAAAACAGCCAGAGUCGAUCAACACUCUCUGCAUGUCCACUGCCUGGAAAGACCCGGGACAUGACAGACAUGACACCACAGGACAGCAGCAGGGAGAGCACAAGCUGUGGUGGAGUGGAAGGCAACAGCAAACAUCAGUCUGCCUUCCUGACUGGGCUAUUUCAUGGCCUUCAGGCAGCUGAGUGUCUGAGCGCAGUGAGGCCUGUGCAGCAGAGCUGUCAGGACACAGACACCAGCAGCAGUGAUGAUGAAGGAAAGCUCAUCAUUGAGCUGUAGAAGAAACACAAACACACAUCAUAGGACGAGAGGUUUUUCUCAAAAAAAGAACUGAACAGAGGAAAAUCAGAAAAGAACCGCAGGAUAAACACAAAGAAAAAAAAAAGUAUCCUAUUUGUGUUGUUUAUUUUGAGCGUCGAAGAUGAAACUCCUACAAGGGAGGGGCAAAACUAAAAUGUUUCCUAUCAAUAUGAUUUUACUUGUUCAUGGUAAUUUUUUAAAUCAGUAUUGUUUUUGACAUUUUCUGCAUCAAAGUGAAAAAAAGUUAAAGCUUUAAACUCAGUUUUGUGCAGAUUCAAUACAAAUGCCAACACUUCCAUUCUUCCUUGAAGCCACUUUAAAAACUAAAAUAACUGGAGUAAUUUCAGUUCAUCAGGUAACCACUGGGUGGCUUCCUAUACAGCAUAACGAGUUCCCAUUCGCACAACAUUUAGUUUAGUUUGCGAAAAACUAAAUUGGCAAAUAUAGACCAAAAUACAUUGCGUUUGAACAAUUUGUGUGAAAAAAAAGUUUUAAUUUUU